AUGGAGAGGCUCACGACCGAGUUGCACCACGAGGUGUGCAAGUAUCUUCCUUACCAGGACCUCCCAAAUUACCGUCUCGUCAACAAGACGACCGCCACCAUUGGAGCUUCCAGCCUAUUCCGACAGCUCGUCUUCCACGCAUCCACCACAAGCUUCAACCGCAUUCUCGCAGCCGCAGCCCAUCCAGUAUUACGGAAGCACGUCAAAUCGCUUUUCUGGGAUGCGAAUUUGUGGAAUAUCGGAGUCACCUCCUUCAUGCAAUGGAACGAAUUCAUGCUCGAGAGAGACUUGGAUGGCAACCAAUCGGCCACUGUAGAAGACGCCAUCGCGAAGCAAUUGAAUACACAGGUCCGUCAAGUGAAGGAACAGCAUAUAACAGACGUCCGGUUUGAAUUGCGAAGGCACUUUUUGCUUUACCAGCAGGAUAGGCAAAUCGAAAAAUGGGUCCUCCGCCAUCGCCUCGACGUCGGCCACUUACGGGAUACAUUCCGCCGGUUCAGUAAUCUCGAAGAACUCCAUGUGGUCAACGGAGUUUUCCAUCUCAGCGACGGCGCGAUCACCAAGAAGUGGGACGAGUAUGGUGCACCAGUUCUGCCGGAGCCUUCCGAACAGUGGCUGUUGGCGAGAGGGGAAGGUGUGUUUCAAUGA